AUGCAGCUCCUCAACUGUGCCGUUCUUCUGGCUACUGCCGUCGCCGCCACCGCCCCCAAGCCCAAGUAUCCAGACCCCUUUGGCAUCCGCUACACGGACCACCACUGCAAGAAGCUGCACUCUCUGCCGAACCGGGACUUUGGCAUUAAUGAUUGCAUUGAGCUAAACACUGUCGGAUCUCUCAAGUUACCUUUCUGGAACACAGUCUGUCAGCAAUAUAAGACUCAUCAGUGCAAGGGAAAAUACACCGCCAUCAUGGUAACUAUUACGGAGAACGAGUGCCUUGACACCAGCACUCCGGGUUGGGACGGCGUCCGCUCUUUCCGCUGCGCCCCGGCGGGCUACCAGUAA